AUGUGUUCAGAAAAGAAGAAUAGAAAGCGAGAACCGAAUAUGUUUAUCUUAUAUCGUAAAGAAAUGAUGAGAGAUAAACCAUACAAUAUGACAAUGGUCAGGUUCAGCAAAUUGGUAUCGGAAAAAUGGAAACGGCUAUCAGAGGAUGAGAAAACAGAAUUACAAAGACGUUAUCAAAUUAAUAGGGAUCAAAAAUCACAAAAUUCUUUUAAGAAAAUAUGUACAAAGAAGGUUUCAAAUAAGUGA